CGAAGCAGAAGGAGAAAUUGAAGUACAUGAGGAGACUGCUGCCGUCAGUAAAUAACAUCCACGCUAUACUGCAGCCACACAUUGUCACCACCGAGAGAGGAUUUUCUUUACCCUCGGCGCAGCGCGUCAUCACGCACACAAUCAGGGCUCGGCGGCAAGACGAUCAAGUGAUCGCACUACAUUCAGUGUCGUCUAGCCCACUUCGUCGUCCGCACGUAGCAGUUCGAAGCUGUCGCGGGGUUUUAUCGAGCAAAACUUUGCCUGCAAUAAAAUUGCAAGAGUGCGCGGGUGCAAAAAGUAAAAUCAAAAUCCGAGUGCGGUGCGAGAAAUUUCGCUGCUGGAAGUGAGCAGCCAGCUUCCCAGAUCAAGGUUAUUUCCCCGGACGGCAAGACGCUAGUCGCAGCUAUUGUAAGCGUCGCCAUUUUGAAAGCGCGAGAGUAGGAUCGACACGUGAGCUUCGACAAAUGUGAGUAAAGUGCAGAUCUUGAGCAGAAUGAAAGUUAAACAGUUUUUUUUCGUCUAGACGGACGACUAGUGGCCAGAUUGCGCUAAACUAAUUUGCAAGCGACACGUUUCACGGUCGAACGGAACACCAGUGCGAGUGCAUCUCAUUCCGGCAUCGCCAGCCAAGAAGCCAAUCGAUAAGAAGAAGACAGCAAAAGCCUUCCAUUGGAAGUAAGUCGAUCUGCCGUUCCACGUGACACGCAGGAAGCUAAUAGCCUGGUGCCGUAGGGCUUUUGUUUUCCAUUUUGCAGUUUCGUCGUGUCGUUCAGCACAGCAAGCGUCGUCGGUCCGAACAGGGCGAUCGAAUCCCAUCGCCACACGUCCAGAAGAGAGGGCUGCUGGGCCGAAUUGGUCAGCAACGUCGGUGCCUCACAUAGGUCGCUGGAAGCGCGGCCACAGUGGAACAAGGCAGCAUCCCCGGUGGUAACCAAGACACGACGUAAGAGCGUCGAUAAGAGCAGGUCAGUCAAGCCGGUGUGAGCGUCGACGAAGCCAGGAUGGUGAGUCAGCAGGACGUCAGUGGGGUAGCGGUGGAAGGCAGGGCGCGCCCUGCAGUGCAGUGAGUAAAGCAAUGCAACCUUAGUAUUAAGCUGUCAAGAGAAAUCGUAAGGGCAUUGAAGAUAGGAGGACCAGUCAGGAGUAGGAGAAUGAUGGCCAGUUAAUAAAUUUGUUAACUAUGAUCAGUUUGUGUUGGGAUUUAUUUGUUGUGUGCGCAUUCCCUUAAGAGCUUUCCGGGGCUCAUCGAGGUUGUGUCAUUCCACUCGAUAGUCUUUCACAACAUUGGCGCCCAACAAAACGAACCAUUUUAGUUUGUGGUUUGUAGAUUUAGAAUUUGUGUUCUGUUUGUAGCACAAUUCUGUUAUUUUGUAGCACAUUUGUAGAACCUACCACUUUUUUAGUUUUUGUCUAGUUGGCUAAUUAAGACCUUUUGGAUCAUGGAUCCAGCAAGCCUGUCAGAAGAAGAGAUCAGUUACGAACUGGCCUUGCGCCACGUAAACAAUCUCGGAGCACUUCCUCGCAGGGCUAGAGCCGUUCGGUUGCGUGCUCUUAUGCAGGAAGAUGAGAUAAAAGGAAUACUUUACGACAAUUCCUCCCACGUUAUGGAUGUGGGGGACAAUAUCAGUCAAUGUCAAUCUCGCGUGCGCGAAUUAAUACCCGAAGUGGAAGCAGCAUUGAAGCGCGGUGAUCUCCCAGCAGUUCGUUUACUACGGUCGCGGUUAGUGCACUAUCGGGACAGACUAUCCAUCGUGGAUCCACCGGUAGCUUUCCUCGACACACACGCAGCCGUGGCGCUUUUAGUGCAGUUUUCCCUGGAAGAUGUGGACGAUGCGCUAGGAAGAACGAAGAAAAGUGCCAGACCAGUGAACAGUGACAGUGCCAACAGAAGCAGUACCGGUGCAGUUCCAAAAGGGACCACACAAUCUUCGACCGUGACUGAAGGAGACUUCCUAGGAUUCGACGAGAAUGGAAAUCCAGUCAACCAUUCAGGUACAUCGAAUCAAGCGUCCAUCAUCCACGCUGAGCGACAACAGCGACAUGCAGCGUCUCCAAUGACCGAUCCGAUAGCAGCUAGACCUCAACGCGACAGCUCAACACUCCACGACAACGAGAGAGGCGCGGCAUCAUUGGAAGCCAUGCGUACCACGCGAGGAAGAGGUUGGAGCGCGGUUGGUCAGCGAGUCGUCCCGAACAACAGGUUUGAAGCGCAGAAAAACUCCAGCUGGCGAGAACCAACAAUGGGCAGCAGCAUUCCACCACCGCCAUAUGAACCGAUAAGAACCGAAGCGGGCGAAGCUGAUGCGAGAGGUGACUACAACCAACUGCGGGCCGAUCUACUGCGACAGCUGAACUACAGGCCGCAAGAACACGUUCCAAGACCGCUGUUAGAAGAAAGAAGAACUGGCCGAGUAACGGAGGAUGUGCUUCUAAGGAACGUCAAACAUCUGCUUUUGGACGACGCGCUCAACUGGUACAGCAGUGUUUACGUGUCGGGAGAGUUGGUAUCCUGGGACGAUUUCAAGCGGCUGAUCAGGCAAGAAUUCUUGCCGGCGAGCUACGCCUACAUUCUGCGGGCCGAAGCAUACCACCGCUUGCAGGGCGAAGAAGAGCCGUUCUCCAAAUUCUACCAGGAUAUAUCCACUCUCUUCCAAUACGUGGAUCCGCCGGUGACAGAUCAAGAGAAACUAUUCAUCAUCAAGAAGAACAUGAACUCAACGUACGCUCCGAUUGCCGCAUCACACCAUUCCAUACGUCUGCUGGUGAAGGCGUGCAAGGAACUAGACGAACUCCGGAAACUACAGCAUCAUCAGCGACGGAUCUCGCUACCGUAUGGGGCACUGAUUGAACCAGCGCUGGCUACACCGAACUCUUCGCUACGCUCAUCGAAGCCACAACAGCCGCUCCAAAGGUUUGGAAAGGUCCACGCCUUGGAAACGGAAAGCUUUCACAGCUAUGGAGAGAGCAGUUCGCAAACAGCCUACGGUGCAGAAGCAGAACAAGUGUCGCAGGACGAAGAAAAGAUGGAUCAGCGGAUGGAAGUCCUGUUACAACAGGUGAACGCAUUGAAGCUGAGAUUCGACCGUCGAGAAGCAGUAGGAAGACAGUCGCCCAACCAACAGUUCCCACAAAUGCCAGCGAACAAUCCUAACAACCAUCGUCAAGUUCCUGAAGCAAACAAUGCUCGCGAUCCACCGGCGGCGAUGAUUUGCUGGAACUGUGACGAAGGGGGACACCGGUUCAUGGACUGCGCCAAACCCCAGGCAAUCAACUCACUGAUCAUCAACCCCGACAACGACAAUCGUCCGCACGCAGUGGUAGACAUACUCGGGAAACAAGUUACCGGAUUACUCGACAGCGGUGCCAACUGUUCGAUUCUAGGAGGCGACAACGUAAAGAUGGCGCAGGAGCUAGGCUUGCAGCAAAUAGCUCUGGUAGGAGGCAUCAAGACGGCAGACGGAACUGAGCAUCGCAUACAAUCGUACACCCGAUUGCCGAUAGCCUACAACAACAAAAAUGAAGUCGUGUCGAUGUUGCUCCUUCCCACGUUGCCGACCUGUGUGAUCUUCGGGGUGAACUUCUGGAACGCCUUUAGCAUUAAACCUAUGUGCUGCACGAUAAACCUGGAUGCUGAAAAGGAGGUCGCGCCGCAACAAGAAUCCAUGAAACCGUUGUCAGAAGAAGAGAAGCAGAUACUGGACGAAGCCAUAAGCCACUUCCCGAAGGCCGAACCCGGAAGACUCGGAAGAACAGACCGUUAUGUACAUCGAAUCGACGUUGGAGAAGCGAAGCCAAGGAAACAGCGCUAUUAUCCCAUGUCCAAGUACGUUCUCGACGAGGUGAAUAAGGAGAUCAACCGGAUGCUGGAGCUCGACGUAAUAGAAGAAGCACUAUUCUCACCGUGGAACAAUCCGCUGGUUGCCGUGAAGAAGAAGACCGGUCAGUACCGUGUCUGUCUAGAUGCCCGUCACCUUAACUCGGUGAUGGUUAACGAGGGGUAUCCCAUCCCACAGAUAUCGGCAAUCAUGAACAACCUCAGCGGAUGCACCUACAUCUCGGCGAUCGACCUAAAAGAUGCCUUCUGGCAAAUGCCAUUGGAAGAGAAAUCCCGGCCGGUGACAGCUUUUACAGUCCCGCAAAGAGGUCACUUCCAGUUCAAGGUCGUCCCCUUCGGACUGUGUACAGCGAGUCAGGCUCUGGCACGGCUAAUGACGCACAUCUUCGCCGAUCUGGAACCUCACGUAUUCCACUACCUGGACGAUAUAAUCAUCUGCUCACGCACCUUUGACGAGCACAUCAAGCUGAUGAAAGAAGUGGCAAAGCGGCUAAGGGACGCUGGACUGACGAUCUCCGCCGAAAAGUCGAAGUUCUGCCUGGAGGAGAUGAAGUACCUGGGAUAUGUGCUGAAUCAAAGCGGAUGGAACGUAGAUCAGGAGAAGAUUGAGUGCAUCGUGCGUUUCCCAGCUCCGCAAUGCAGGAAGGAGGUACAGCGGUUUUUAGGAAUGUGCAACUGGUACCGCAGGUUCAUUGCGAACUUCUCCAGAAUCGCAGUACCGCUGACAGAGCUGACGAAGACGAAAACCAAGUUCCGGUGGACGAAAGAUGCAGAAGACGCGUUCCUGAAACUCAAAUCAGCCUUGGUAGCAGCACCAGUCCUGGCGAUGCCUGAUCACACGAAACCGUUUGCCAUUGCGUGCGAUGCGAGCGAUGUAGCGAUUGGUGCGGUACUGACGCAGGAGACAGACGGGAAAGAACAUCCUAUUGCCUACUUCUCCCAGAAACUGUCCUCGUCAGAGCGAAAGUAUUCUGUGACAGAACGUGAAUGUUUGGCCGUCAUCCGGGCGAUAGAGAAGUUCAGAGGGUACGUAGAAGGCACGAAGUUCACGGUACACUGCGAUCACUCUGCCUUAAGCUAUCUGAGAUCAAUGAAGAACCCUACAGCACUCAUGAGUCGCUGGAUACUCAGAUUGAACGCCUUCGACUUCGACGUCAAAUACCGGAAGGGAGAAAUCAACACGGUACCGGAUGCUCUGUCCAGAAUUGUCAGCACGUUAGUCUUCGCUGCGGAUGCUUCCAUCGAUCAGUGGUACCAAAAGUUAACGGAACGAGUGCAGCAAGACGGGGAUAAGUUUCCAGACUUCCGCCUGGUGAACCAAGAGCUUUACAAGAACUGCAGCUGUAGGAAUGAAGAAGGCGCGCUGACACACCGGUGGAGGAAGGUAGUCCCGCUCAACCAGCGAGCUGAAGUGAUUGUGAAGUUCCACGACUCGACAUCAGGAGCGCAUCUCGGAUUCCAGAAGACUUGGCAGAAGCUGCAGAACCACUUUUACUGGCCGAAGAUGAUGGAGGACGUCGCACGGUACGUGAGGGGAUGCGAGACAUGCAAAGCCAGCAAAGCGCCGAACAGAACAAUGAUGCCGAACAUGGGUGGUCCCAAACCUGCCCGUGUACCUUGGGAAUUGGUGUCGGUCGACUUCGUAGGUCCUUUCACUCGCUCUCGUGCCGGUAACACAGUGAUGCUCGUCGUAGUGGACUGGGUGACGAAAUACGUUGUCGUUCAUCCGAUGAGAUCUGCGGACUCCGUCAAAAUGGUGGAAUUCCUAGAACAGCACGUUUUCCUACGCUACUCUCGACCACGGAUCAUUCUCUCGGACAACGGGAAGCAGUUUCUGUCGGCUGCCUUCAAAGCGUUGAUCGCCAAGCAUAACAUCAUUCACAUGAAGACUGCGUUCUACUGUCCGAUGGUGAACAAUGCCGAGAGAGUGAACAGAGUCCUCAUCACCUGCAUACGAGCCCUAUUGGAUGAAGAUCACCGAGGCUGGGACGAAAACCUGCAAGCGAUCGUAGCAGCCAUCAACGGAGCGAAGCACGAGGCGACCGGAGUCAGCCCGCACUAUGCGAACUUCGGUAGGGAGCUGAUACUGCACACUGAUCUGUAUACUCAGCAGGAGUUGAACACGCCCGACGAUCCGAAAGUGGCGCAGGACGUACGGCUAUCGGCGAUUCGACGCAUUCACCAGUUCAUCAUUCAGCGUAUAAAGAACAACCACGAGAAGACUAAGCAGCGGUACAACAUGCGGACACGCGACAUCGUUUUCAAGGUUGGCGAUCUCGUCUGGCGAAGAACCUUCACUCAGUCUUCCAAGGUGGAUCACAUCAACCGCAAACUCGAUUCCAAAUUCGCUCCGGCGACGGUGGUGAAGAUCCUAGGAAGCAAUCUCUACGUGCUGGAAGACGUGAAGGAUGGCAAGCGAGGACAGUAUCAUGCCAAGGACAUAAAGGCAGAUUAA